CGUGGCCGGAAGAGGCGUGGCCACAACCGCCAUGAGACCGCGCGCGGUCCCGGCGCCGCCGCCCGGGGGGAUCCUGAGGCGGGGGGGGCGCGGGGGGGGCACCCGGCAGGUUCGGUUCGCGGGUCAGGACGAGGAUGACGAUGCCGAGGAUGAUUUUGGGGGGGUCCCCGCGCCCCCCCCGCCGCUGGCGACCCCCACCCUGCACAGCAGCGGCCGGGGGGGCCCCCCGGGCCCGCCCCCCGACCCCUUUGACGCCCCCCGGGCCGCGGCCGCGCUCCUCGGCAGCUCCUUCGCCGCCCGCAGCGCCGUGGGGGGGGCGGCCAGCGGAGCCAUGAACGUCCCCCCCGCCCAGCGGCUCUUCCGGGGGCUCAUCAGCCUGGCCGUGCCCCCCCCGCCGGGCCCGCGCAGGGGGGUCCCGCCCCCCCCCGCGCCCCCCCCGCAGGUCCCCGGGCCCGAGUUGGGGGUGUUGGCGGGGGGGGCCGGGAGGGGGGUGGGGGGGCCUUGGCUGCCCCCGCCCAACCCCCCCUCGCCCCCCCGGGCCCUCCCUCGCCCCCCCGGAGCCGCCUUCGCCAUGUUCGGGAAGUUGCAGCAGUGGGGGGGGUGCUGAGACCCCCCCCCCCAAAAUCCCCUGUUGUCCCUAAAUCCCUGUGUGUCCCCCCCAAAUCCUCCU